AUGCAUACUGGGCUUCAGCAGUCUCAGGCCACCAAGACCAGCCGGAAAGACUGGAGCAAGGAAGACUUGCCCUCAGUGGAGGAGGACCAGGUUACGGAGCACUUAAACGAACUGGAAAUACCUAAGUCCACGGGGCCCGACAGGUUGCGUACGUGGGUGCUGAGGGAGCUGCAGGAGCCAUUGCAAGACCACUCUCAAUUGAAACACAGUGCUGACUGGGAGAGGUUCCUGAAGAUGGAUAACAGCAAGCAUCACUCCUAUCUUCAAGAAGUGCAAGAAGGAAGAUCUGGAGAACUACUGGCCGGCUGGUACGUGGUCUGGCAAUUGUUUUUGUCUAAAUUCAAAUUCCUGAGAGAACUGAUAGGCGAUACGGGGUCCCAACAGGGAGACAACGAACCUUCAGAGGCUGAAGCUGAACAGGAGACUCCACCCUCGCCUCAGAGAGGUAGACAGAAGUCAGCUCGACAGCGAAGGGCACCUGCAGAAGACACAACUUAA